AUGGACAGCUCCCGUUUUCUGUUCAGGGACCGCAAAAAAACUACCCUUAACAUCCCCUCACAUCGCUACCGUACCUCUUCCUCAUCAAGCAUUAUCAAAGAUUUAUCAUCUUCGACGACGCGUCUUAGACAAAAACCUUCAUGGAAUUUACCACCUUUUCAACCACCAUCACAGCAAAAACCCAGUCAUGCAAUCUCAUAUACCUCUCUAAGAUCAAAGCUUUCCCGAGUUGGCUCUCAUGAACCCUUAACUGCCAUAUCGAAUCAUCGUCCCCAACAGCCAAUUUUACCAGGGUCAAUAAAUUUCAAUAACUCAACAGAAUAUCCUACCCUUCCAGGAUCCAUGAAUUUCAGCAACUCCAGAGAGCAGCUACGAGAAAGGCUAUUAAAUAGACCAGAAAAUAGACCCAGAACUUCUCUAAAUUUGAAUAAGCCUACGAAAAGUGGAGGAUCACAUAAUAAUAACUUUGAAAAAUCAUCAUCAAUAUUGACAUACGGCAAUAAAAAGAGUAAUUAUAAGAUUAAUAAUCAGGAUCAUGGGCGAAGGACUCCGCAUGAUUCAUCAGCAUCUCAGUAUAGUAUUCCUUAUUCUAAGUCACAUAAUCCUGAUAUUUUUGGCAACUCACAAACUAGAACUCAGCCCAAGAAAAUCGAUAAAUAUGAAGAUGAAAAUUACCACAAUUUUACUAAACUUAGAAAUAUUGACAGCAGUAUGGUGGUAGCAGGAGAAGAAUUCAUGCCAUCAGAUGAUGAGCCUUAUCAAUUACCACGUCAAGGCCCAGGGUUUUUGGCGACAAUUGCAUCUAAAUUAUCAAAUCUUUUUGCUCAGCCGACACCUUACAAUAAUGGAAAUUAUGGGAAUAAUAGAGUAAAUAAUCCUUCCAAUACUGCAAAACUUCCGGGUGAAUUGACUGCAGUUGAUGAAAGAUCCAAUAGAGAAGAGCUGCAUGAAAAAAAAUUAAAUAGCCGCCAGCUCAAUGAAUUGAUGAAAGAAGAAAAAAAGAAGUCAAAGAAAUCGAAAAAGAACAGAUCGAAAAAGCUGUCAAAAUUAUCAAAGAACAAGAAGAACAAUGAUGUGGAUAUUGAACCUGGAAAAAAACCUGCAUUUCUCCAAGAAAACUCUCACAAUAUUGAAACCGCUCAAAAGAAUUUGUUUACCCAUUUGCCUAGGCUUACACAAACAAUCGCAGAUAAAAAUAGCAAGCAAAAGGAGAAACAUAAUAACAGUACCAGUAAUAAUGGAAAUGGAAAUUCUAAGAAACGUCUCAGAUCAAAUAUGCUGGAUUCCCCUUCUUCGACUUCUCAAAAAUCCCGAGCUGAUACCAACUCUGUAUCUGAGAAAGAUCUUCAACUAGCGAUUAAAGAAUUGCAAAAAAAAGAUAUGGUGAUAACUGAGCUCAAUGGUAAGGUUGAAUCAUUAGAAUCAGUCCUUGAGGAACUUAAACAGCAGAUUAAAUCAUUUCAACCGCAACAAUAUUCAAAACUACCAUCGACAAUUUCUCCGCCACAGUCAACUUCGAGGUCAGGGUCCAAAUCCAUUCAAAACAACAUAAGUCAUCCUAUAUUUGCUGUGUCAUCGAACAACAGUACUCAAAGAGACCCAAAGCCUAGUAAGAUUUUCAGCUCUACUCCAGCAAAUAUCAACAAGGCUGAUAUUUUAAAAGAGUUAGAGGACGUGAGUUUUGACAGUAACCCGAACAAAAAGCGCAAGAUUGAGCUAGUGAAUAAUGCAAGCCCUCUUUUUGGCGAUGAUCUUGAUGAAGGGUUUGAUUCCUCUCCUACAAAACAUAAAGGUUCAAGAAGCUCUGAAAGACCUAAAAAUAGUGAUCAGUCUUCUGCUUCGACAAUCUCCCUGGUCAAGCCUGUCACCACCGGCAAAUCUUUGAAAAAAACGCCCACAGUUAUAAUCGACGAGUUCAAAGAAAUUACAAAAAGGAUUCAGGAACGUGAUAACGAAGCAGUAGUUUCCAAUGAGAGUAUUAACAUGAAUAAGGAUGAAAUUGACACGAAUUAUAACGAUGAUGAUGAGUUUGAUAGUACCCAUAUCAACGAAACUUUGGCAAAGCUUGAAAAAGAUUGCAGCUCAUUAUCACCAAUAAAGAUGGCCCUUCGUUAA